AGAUUUCUAAAUAGAAGUGACCAACUGCCUAGGCGAUGAAAUACGUAAAUUAUUUACAGAAAAGGUAAAAGGCGGGUAAUGCCCCCUUGGUGCCCAAUUUCCCCGUACAAGGGGCUAUUAAUUUUGGUAAUAGCUUUCGUCCUUUUGGAAUACUUCAUGAAUACAUUCACAAGCUCUAAAACAUCUUUAUACCUCAACACCACCAAGUUACUUAGCGACGACAAAGAAAAUCGCUAUGGACCUCUUCUCAAAACUUUACUAUUUAAGAACAACAAAACAUACUCUUACAACAAAACGAUACUCUCAACAACGAAGAAUGAAUCUUAUUUUAGUUAUGUCGUGACCCAUCCACCCUCAUUAGCUAGUAAAUUAAAUAAUUCCUCCUUAACGCCAUCAGUUUCUGAAGCAACUUCCACAAUAGAAGCACAAAAUGAGUCAAUUCCACUAUGUCCAGACGAUGUGUCUUUUAAUCUGAAGGGUAGAAUACCAAUAAUCAGAACCCCGGUGCCAACAGUACAAGAUUUAGAAAAAAGGUUCAAUUGGUUGCAGCCCGGCGGACAUUGGCAACCGGAAAAUUGCCGCGUAUUGAGUAAGGUCGCAAUCGUAAUACCAUUCCGUUGCAGAGGAGAACAUUUACUGCUCUUUCUGCAACACAUGCAUCCAUUUCUCAAAAGACAACAAUUAGAUUAUAGAAUAUUCGUCGUGGAACAAGACGGAGAGAAAUCCUUCAACAGAGCCAUGUUAAUGAAUAUAGGAUAUAAGGAAGCGUUAAACGUUAAUCAUUUCGAUUGUUUUAUUUUUCACGAUAUUGAUCUCUUGCCGGAGGACGAUCGAAAUUUGUAUACUUGUCCAAAUCAGCCUCGGCAUAUGAGCGUAGCUGUCGAUAUUUUGAAAUACAAGUUACCAUAUCCGGAGAUAUUUGGGGGCGUCUCGGCCAUCAGUACGGAACACUUUAAAUUAUUAAAUGGAUUCUCAAACUCUUUUUGGGGAUGGGGAGGUGAAGAUGAUGAUAUGUCCAAUCGAAUUAGAUAUCAUCAUCUACAUAUUUCGAGAUAUCCCUUGACCAUUGCGAGAUACACGAUGCUGACCCACAAAAAGGAUAAACCUAGUCCUAGUCGAUACGAUGUAUUAAAACAAGGACAACAACGUUUCGACAAGGAUGGACUGAACAAUUUGCAAUACAAACUCAUCCACAAGAAAUUUAAUUUAUUGUAUACAUGGAUAUUGGUGGAGAUUAAUCAACCCAGUUGAUGGCGAUUUUAGAAUAGUUUUUUUAUUAGUGAGAAUUAUUGUGAUGUAAGAAUGUUGACUUAAUGAUGCCGCAGCAACAAACAAUCUUCUUAAUAAUUUUUUUUUUGUUACGUUAAUAAAUCUUAUAAUUAGUA